AUGCAACAACAACAACAACAGCCAGAGAAACAUCUGCAACUUCCGCAAACCGUGGACGGAGACGUCACCCCCGUCAUGGACCCUCUGGACACCAUCAAGGGCGGCGACUCAGACGUUAUAGAGUCCUCCCAGCUCUCAAACUCGGACGCCACCACCAACGGCUUCGUGUACGACCAGUCCGCCCUGAACGACCGCAGCGACACUCGUGUCCCGGGCCUCGUCUCCUCAGACACCACUUCGGCCACGGCCACUGCUAAGGCUCUGGCUGCUACAAAUACAGCUUCAGUUUCAGAACCAGCACCAGCCUCAGCCUCAGCACCAGCACCAGCACCAGCUUCCACAGACCCUGUUUUCGACACCACCGCUGCCGCAGACAUCAUCUCGCUCGACGCCGAGAGCUCUGCGGGCUCUAGCUACGACGAGGACCCAGAAGAAAUCUUCCCAGAGCAAACAGAGCUGCAAGAUUUCAAACUCAUCGCCAAGAUCGGCGAGGGCGCUUUUUCCAAAGUCUAUCGCGCCAUACCGGAGCCUCACGCGGCCAAAAGCUUUUUGUUCCGCUCUUUCCACUACGUGGCUGUCAAAGUGAUCAGCAAGCGGGAUCUCAACUCCUCGCACAAGGACUCUAAAAGUAAAGCUACCUCCAAAGAACAAGUACUCAAAGAAGUGGCUAUUCACAGAACCGUUUCCGCCAGCGAAAACGUGGUGGUUUUUGUGGACUUCCACGAAUCCGAGCACUACUACUUCAUCGUCCAAGAGCUGUUGGCUGGUGGUGAAAUUUUCGGCGAAAUUGUCCGUCUCACGUAUUUCAGCGAAGACUUGUCGCGCCACGUCAUCCGCCAGCUGGCCUUGGCCGUCAAGCACAUGCACUCUUUGGGUAUAGUGCAUCGAGACAUCAAGCCCGAAAACCUACUGUUUGAGCCCGUUGAUUUCGAGCCAUCGCCGAGUCCCGUGCUGCGCAAAUCCGAUGAUCCAAGAACCAAACAAGACGAAGGUGUGUUCAGACCGGGUAUCGGAGGUGGUGGCAUCGGCGUUGUGAAAUUGGCCGACUUUGGCUUGUCCAAACAAAUUUAUUCUACAAAUACCAAGACUCCCUGCGGGACAGUGGGAUACACCGCUCCGGAAGUGGUGAAAGACGAACGUUACUCGAUGAAGGUCGACAUGUGGGGGAUUGGAUGUGUUCUAUAUACCGUAUUAUGUGGGUUCCCACCAUUUUACGAUGAAAAGGUGGACGUUUUGACAGAAAAGAUUUCCAAAGGUGAGUACACGUUUCUACGGCCUUGGUGGGACGAAAUAAGUGAUGGUGCCAAGAAUGCAGUACAAAAACUUUUGGAAGUGGACCCUUCAAAGCGCUACGAUAUCGAUCAAUUUUUGGCAGACCCCUGGCUCAACCAGUACGACUGCAUUAGACAUCAAGCUUUGAAAAAGCAUAAAAACGAAUCUGCGGAAACCGUGUAUACGAUGUCGUCCAAGAAGAAACGUCAUCAUCGCAUCAACACUUUCCAACGCGAUUCAUCACUGCUGUACUCCCCAGCUGCAAAUGCUCUACGAGACGCCUUUGAGGUUACCAAUGCCUUCAAGCGUGAUGAAGAGGCCAAGAGAAGUGGUCCUGCCGGUGGUGUAAAUUUGGGGUUGGUGGAAGAAGACGAGGAAAUGGGACUGGAGGACGAUAUGUUCCAACUGCGUCUGAACUCUUCCACGAUUAUCAAGAGGCGGCAGAAUAAGGAGGAAGGUGUCCAAGUCCCUGCUACUGUCAGAGAGUAG